GCCUUUUUUCUUUGCGAACGGCCGAAGACCGCGGCCAGCCGUUCCCCUUUGUUGAAAUCGAUCAAAGCGUCCAAUAAGGGCAACCUUGGGACGACAAGCAAGCGCAGUGUGGAGGUUGCAGCUAGGCUCAGUUCCCUCGAAGUAGUAUUUAGUCUGGACGACCUGCCGGGACCGACAGCUGGGAAAGUGCAUUUAGAGAACAUCGUUGAAAGUGCGAACGUUCGCGUGCUGCUGACUGGGAUGUUAUUGAUCACCGCGUCUAUGAGAAGAUAACAGUUGUGCAGAAUGACACAUUCCGCUGAAGUGAUGUGAUACGAAGUCUAUUGUUCUUUUAGCACGCUGAAAUUGUUAAAGCUACACCGCAAUUUUGACAGAUAAAAGGAGUG